AUGUACAUCGCCGACGUCUUGGCCAGCGACCUCAUACGACCAACGAGACGCAGCCAUGCAACCCCCGUCCUGAUUCAAGUGCUCCUAGCGCUGAAAUUCUUCGCUACCGGCACCUUCUUGAUCACGGCGGGGGACUUUCUGCAUCUGCAUGAAUCUACAGCGUCACGGUGCGUGCGACGAGUGGCCCUGGCUCUGGCAAAGCAAGCGCCGCACUUCAUACGGUGGCCAACAGCAGCGGAAGUCCCCGAACUGCAGCGGCAGUUCUACGCCGUGGACGGCUUUCCGGGCGUCGUAGGAGCCAUCGACGGCACCCACGUUCGGAUCCAAGGGCCACCGCUGCACGAGGAAGUGUUCGUGAACCGACACUUCUACCAUUCCAUCAACGUGCAGCUGGUGGUCGACGCGCGCUCAAGGAUUCUCAACGUGGUUGCCAAGUGGCCCGGAAGCGUCCACGACUCGUACGUGCUGUCGCAGAGCAGUGUCGGGGAGAACUUCGCAACGGGCGCGUACGGCGGCCUCCUCAUCGGCGACAGCGGCUACCCGUGCAGGCCUUGGUUGAUGGCGCCUUUUCGAUCGCCGACCACGCCGGCCGAGUGUGCGUACAACCAGACGCACGCAACGACUCGGUCCGUGGUCGAAAGGACGAUCGGGCAGCUGAAGCGCCGCUUCCACUGCCUGCACGCCGAGCUGAGGAUGCUGCCAGAACGCUGCUGCACCAUCGCUGUGGCGUGCUGUGUGAUGCACAACAUUGCACAGCACUACACGUGCAGGGAAGGUGACUGUGACCUUCCGCCUGAGGUUCCCGUGCCUCCAUCGCCACCCGAAGCAGACGAUGGGGUUGCGCGCCGACAUGCAAUUGUGCACCAACACUUUCGUGCCCGUGUGCCGGCUGCCGAACCUGCGGGCGGUGUGCUGGGGCUUCAGGCUGGUCGUGGACGAGGGGGUCCCGGUCGUCGUCGGCCCGGUGGUACUGGUCGCCCUUCAGCAGCAGCAGCUGCUGCCUCAGGCUCAGGUGGUCCCUCCGCCAUUGGCAGAGGCCUUUCCCGGCGUGGCAGAGGCCUUUCCCGGCGUGGCAGAGCAACCAGUCCGAAGGCUGGUAGUCUCGUUCCCUCAAACUCCGGCACCUCGAGGAAAAUGACCCCGGAGUCCACAUCGACCUUGUGGCUGAAAGCCCAACUUCUGGCCCAGCCUCAUCAGUUGCUAGCCGCACAUUGGCUGGGGCUGUGUUGA